AUGACUAGCAGUGGCGGCGGCGUGAAAAGGUCCCUGUUCAGCAAGUGCGCUGUAAGGGCUGCGGUACCUGCGGUCACGAAUUCGGCCUUGACAGCGGGCGGCGGCGCCGGAUCAAUCUUCAGUCGCAAUGUCAAUUACGAGGACAUUGUCCGCGCAGAGAGGGCGCAGCGGGAGAGGAAGGCCGCAAAGGCCAAGGCGCGCAGCGGCGGGGCAGGGGAAAAGAGGAAGAAGAGCGAGGGUCCUGACGCGAAGAAGCGCAGAAUAUCCGCAGAUGAUUGCGACGUUGGGAGCGGUUCGGCGAGUGAAGUUGAGAAGAGGAAGAAGAAGGAUGACAAGGUUCAAAGAAGACCUGUGACGCGCAGCACACCGACGAAGCGGAAGGACUUGUGGGAGGGGCUGGAAGCGUCGCCAAAGACACGGCCAUCUCCACGGUCCAAGGAGGCCGUGAAGAGUACUACUAUUUAUCUCGACGACGGAGAUGGAGAGGAGACCGAAGACGACGAUCUGAUCAAACUCACCCCCGCAAAGCCCAAGAACGCGGGACCUGAUCUGUUGACCGAAAAGGACUCGGACGAGGAGGAUGAAUACCUACGCCUACUGAAGCAGAAGGCACGCGAAAAGGCUCGACUUCAUCGUCAGGGCGGCCAAACGAUUCAGAGAUCUAGCACUCCGGCUGAUCGACAGCCCUCAAUUGCCCGCGAAGAUAUUGAUCCGAAUUCACCUGCCGGUGUGCAUUCGCAGGGGACCAGCCGACCAGCUUCGUCUAACUCCGUCCAGGACUUCGAGGCGUCAGCCGCACGCACACACAAGCCCCCCGAACAAGAAAAUGACCCAGAAGUCAAGAUCAUGAUCCAGUCCCAGAUCCCCGGUACCAACUCCCUCAUCGUCAAGCGCAAGGCAUCGCAAUCCCUGAAACAGGUCAAGGAGUUCUGGUGCCGGAAAUUCGACCUCGAAGACUCGGUCGCCAGGCAAGUCUUCUUCACGUGGAAAGGGACGAGACUGUUCGACUCGACGACGAUGCGCGGCAUCAUUCGGGGCUUGAAGAAGGAUUACCACCGCCAGCAGCGACCACGAAGUUUAAGCCUGGGCAUUGAGGAUGUGGAGGAGAACGGUGACGGGGAUGCUGGAUACGACUCCAGCAGCGCCAAGGAUCCCAGUGGAGGGCACAUCAUGCUUGAAGCCAUGACGCCCGAGCUCUACGACCAGAGGCUACGCGACAAAGACCGUCUUCGACAACGACAACGAUCGCUACUCACUUCCUCAGCCGAUGGAAGCGAUGAUGAGGACGAGGGCGGAGGCGACGCAGACCAGGAGGGAAGAGAGCACGACACAGAAGCUGCAAGAGCUCCCUUGCGAACGGCGGCGGCAGCAGCAGUAGCAGAAAGAGACAAAGGUGCGAUCGUCAUCCGACUGGUAAGCAAGGACCUGGAACCCAUGCAGCUACGGGUGCGGCCGAACACCACGAUCGGCAAGAUCAUGCGCGGGUUCGCGGCGACGAGGAAAGUCGACGAAGCAAAGACGCCGUGGUUGAUUUUCGACGGCGAAAGACUCGACAAAGAGAGCACAGUCGAAGAAGUCGGCUUUGAGGACGAGGACGAAGUCGAGGUUAGUAUUCGGUGA